AUGCCAGCUGCAGCGUUAAAUCCCGCUCCGGAGGACAUGGUGGCAGAAGGAGGGGGCGACGCGUCCCAGUGGGAAGCUGCGGGGCCGGGCCGGGAGCGGCUGCCCUCCCUGAAAGUCCCCAGGGAGCUGCUGCGGAGCUUCCCCCACUCCAAACGGGUGGGAUCCUACCUGGUGGGGAAAAUGAUCAACAAGGGGUCGUUUGCCAAAGUGAUGGAGGGGCUGCACAUCGGCACGGGGGAAAAGGUGGCCAUUAAGGUGAUCGACAAGAAGAAAGCACGGCAGGACUCGUACGUGCUGAAGAACAUGAAGAGAGAACCUCGGAUCCAUCAGAUGAUCCGGCAUCCUCACAUCGUGGUCCUGCUGGAGACCCUGGAGACGGAGAACAGCUACUAUAUGGCCAUGGAGCUGUGUGCUGGAGGAGACCUGAUGGACAGGAUCUGUGAACGGAAGCGGCUGGAUGAGAGGGAAGUGCGGCGCUACACCCGUCAGAUCCUCUCUGCAGUGGAACACCUGCACAAACACGGCGUCGUACACAGAGAUUUAAAGAUUGAAAACUUCCUGCUGGACGAACAUAACAACAUAAAGAUUGUUGACUUUGGCCUGAGUAAUUCUCUGAAGACUGAAUCCCUUUCUCUGGAGCUCCUCAACACGCAGUGUGGAAGUCCUGCCUACGCGGCCCCUGAGCUGCUGGCUCACAGGAAGUAUGGACCCAAAGUGGACGUCUGGUCCGUAGGUGUGAGUAUGUUUGCCAUGCUGACCGGGACUCUGCCCUUCACUGUUGAGCCUUUUAACAUCAAGCAGCUGCACCAGAAGAUGGUCAACGGAGAGAUCAGCAGCAUCCCCAGUGACGUCAGCAAAGGUGCGGUGGCAUUUGUGUUGUCUCUCCUGGAGCCAGACCCAGCGAAGAGACCCAGUGUCAGAGCUGCGAUGGAGGAGAGGUGGAUCAACGAGGGAUACGCCAAGAAACCACUACACACACUCACUCAUAAAAACAGGUUGGGUCCAGAGGAUCUUAACUCCUCUGUGCUGGGAUACAUGACGGACACGCUGGGCUACUCCCUCUCUGAAAUCAUACACACACUCACCAUCAACAGACCCUCCGCCAUCAUGGCCUCCUAUCACCUGCUGCUCCACAAGCUCAGCAGGAGCCAGAAGGGAACAAAGGCCAAGAAACUAGAGAAUAAUGACUGGAGUCUUCCAAGCAAGAAUACAUGGAGAGAGAGGCAUGACGCUGACUCAAAGAGUCAGAAUGAAAAGACCAACGAGAAAAGCUCAAAGCCGUCCAGCCGGCCGUUGAAAGCCCAACAGAUGACAGAAUAUCACAUCAACAGGAAGAGGCCUGAGGACUUGCUUAGAAAGGGCCGCCGAGAGGAUGGAGAAAACCGUCCCCCUUCCCCAUCCCUACCCCAGCUUCCUCACUCUGUCUCCCCCUCAAUACCCCCCCGCCUUCCCUCCCCUGGCCCCCUGUGCACAGAGGACGGGGCCACUGAUGAGGAGAUCGCCAUCAGCUUAGACACGAGAGAGAUGCUGUUUCCUGAAGUGUCUGUUUUCGGGGACAGGGAACUUGUCCGUCUUUCUCCUCCUAAAGCCUCUGCAUCGCAACUCUGUGAAUCCGCCCCUUGCCAAGUCCCUUUACCGGCCGAGCCAAUCAGAGACGGCAGCACGUCGAGGCCGAUUCGACACACACACCUGCUCAGGACAACUCAAUCGGACGGGGCGGCAGACCCCGGGUCAGACUGCUUCCACGACAACCGCCACCAGGACGACCACUCCCAUCACCUGAGCAUCAACGAGCGUCUAGAGAAGCUGCAGACAUUUUAUUCCUCAGAGAAGAACGGUAUCUCUCCCAGAAUGCUCCUGGAGGCGGACGCACACCCCACAAAGACAGAAAAAGACCAACAGAGUACCAUGGAGACAACAUCCACGUCCACCUCUGCCCAACUGCCCCGCCUGCGCAACGUGGGGCUGAAAGACGGACGAGGCAGGAAGAUGACGUGGGUAGGGUUGACCCGACCCGGACCCCCAGGACUUCUGGUGAACGGGUCCAAACCUCCCGCCUUCCCCUCACAGAGACAACAUACUUUGGUCAUUAAGAGCCUCAGGCAGGAGAGGGACAAGAGAAAAGAUCUGUCACCAGCAGCAGGAGGUGCAGGAGACAGAGGGACGGCAGGAGGAGGGCUGAAGAGGAACUCAGUUCAGUUACGAUCAUCUCUCCAGCGGCGGGUGGCAGACCUGAACCUGCCACUGCUCCCUGCAGCCCUUCAGGGGAAGACGGAUAGGAAGAACCAGCUAAACAGCAUGGACUACUGAGACAGAUAUGCGAUAGAAAGGCAGUGAUAGUGGCCAGGAAAUGUUGCAGUGAGAAGAGAAGUUAGUACUGAGGUUAGUCACAUGUUUAGAUAAUAGAUUAGAAAUACUGACCUGUGUUGAAAUACUACCAACAUAAAGGUGAAUGAAAGAAAAGAUGGAUAAGGGAUGGAAGUUAUGAAAUACUGAGUAGAGGUAGGGUAGCAGAAACAGGUGUAAAUGGCAGCUUCUUCACUGUUCCAUUCAUGCCUUGCUCACAAACAGGACUCCCAACCAAACAUACCACAUACAGUAUGAGUUUUUUAUAUGCUGCAGUGCCAAAACAUUUACCUUUAAGCUCUUUAAUUGUAAUGUUACCUUUGUUUAAAAGGCUUAGGUAGAGCCAUUUGGUCUAAACCAGGGGUGUCAAACUACAUUUCA